UGGCAGCCGGUCUGAGGGAGGGCCUUUCUUUAGAAAGAGCUCCCAUUUUGGCGGCACUUCUGACUGAUUUCCUGACUGCUUACUUAUUUUCUUCUUCUCGGACCGAGAGUCUGUGCUGCGCGCUCGUAUUUCUCGAUUUGGGGAGGCCCGAACGCCGGGGAUCCAGCACGUCUGAGCUUGCAGAAGAUGGUGGCUGCUUUCUGCUCAUGCUAAUCCCUGGAAAAUGCUGCUUUGGCUAAUGAGAGGUUUCCAGUCGGAGAAGAAAAUGAGGUUGCUGAAACGUGCCUUUUUUGCUGAAGCUAACGCUGCUUGGAUUUCUGUCUAGUGCUGCCUCUCUCUCCUUCCUUUUUUUUUUUUUUUUUUUUUUAUUUGCCGUUGCUUGCAGGCCAAACUCAUACGGCAAUUAGUCUACAAAUUUUAGCACUCAAAAAUAAAUAUAUAUAUAUAGAUAUAACAUUUUCAUUAUUCGUCACGCCUGUGCCCACCAUUAUUCAGCAGAAGAAAGAAGAAAAAAAGGAAAUUUUGCCGAAGCGUUUUCACGACCGCAACCUGCAAGCGUUAAGUUGAGAGCACUGAAUUGUUUUCACGGUUUGCAUAGGCUACUUAUCUACCCCCAACCUGCAAGUCCAGAAGUGGCAUAAAGCCGACACAUUGAGACUUUGACAUUUGCACUUUUUAAAGAGCUGGCCUCUGAUUUAGAUUUUAUUUUUAUUUUCAAUUUAUCUGAUAAAACUUCUAUUUUAUGGUUGGAUUGUCAUGUUUUAUUCGUGUCUCUAAAAAAGAUACAAAUUGACUAAAAAAAAGGAAGAAAGAAAAAAAAAAAUUAAAAAAGAAACCUUAAGUGCUGACGAUUUAUUAUUAUCUUUUUUUUAACCAAAGUGAUAAACUAGUUCUUUUAUUCAUUUUAAACUUGAAUUCCACAUCCCCCCCCCCGCCCCCCUUCCCCUUGUGAUCAGAAGAAAAACGAUUGUAGUACGACGGAGGGGUUUGCUUUCGGGCCUGGACACCCUGUCUUUAACAUGGCCGUUAACGUCUCCUUGGUGCGUGACACAAAAUGGCUGACGCUGGAAGUAUGUCGGGAGUUCCAGAGAGGCACUUGUUCGAGGUCUGACGCAGAGUGCAAGUUUGCACAUCCGUCACGGAGUUGCCACGUGGAAAACGGGAGAGUGAUUGCCUGCUUUGAUUCAUUAAAGGGUCGGUGUACGAGAGAAAAUUGUAAAUAUCUGCAUCCUCCUCCGCACUUAAAAACCCAGCUAGAAAUUAAUGGACGGAAUAACCUUAUACAGCAAAAGACAGCAGCCGCAAUGCUCGCACAGCAGAUGCAGUUCAUGCUCCCUGGCACCCAGCUACAGCCAAUUACCACAUUCCCUGUGACUCAAUCGCUUGCAACAAGCCCAUCCAUGGCUUUUAGUCCCUACUUGAGUCACAUCUCCCCAGGCAUGGGUCUCGUUCCUGCAGAGCUUUUACCAAAUACACCUGUCCUGGUUUCUGGGAAUCCAGCGGUUACGGUACCUGGUGGCUCUGCUGGUCAGAAACUGGUGCGCACAGACAAACUGGAGGUUUGCAGAGAAUUCCAGCGUGGGAACUGCACCCGUGGUGAGAAUGACUGCCGCUAUGCGCAUCCGAUAGAUAUUGCCAUGAUUGACACCAAUGAGAACACUGUAACUGUUUGCAUGGAUUACAUCAAAGGCCGAUGCUCUAGGGAGAAAUGCAAGUACUUUCACCCCCCUGCACACCUGCAAGCCAAAAUAAAGGCAGCUCAGCACCAGGUGAACCAAACAGCCGCAGCUGCUAUGACUCAGCCAGCUGUCACAUCACUGAAGCGACCCCUCAAGGCCACCCUUGACCUGGGACUGCAGCCUGGAGCACUUCAACCUUUACCAAAGAGGCCAGCACUUGAAAAAAGCAACGGGGCCACCACGAUGUUUAACCCCAGUGUUUUUCACUACCAACAGGCUCUAGCAAAUAUGCAGUUACAGCAACCUGCAUUUAUCCCCACUGUACCCAUGAUGCACGGUGCUACGCCCACCACUGUGUCUGCAGCAACAACACCUGCCACCAGCGUGCCCUUCGCUGCAACAGCUACAGCCAAUCAGAUGUCCCAAUUUUCACUAGAUGAACUGAAUAACAGCAUGUAUGUAUCACAGAUCUUACCCAUAGAACAGCCAUGGAUACAUUACACAGGACUGAUACACGGGCUUUACCAUUCUACUGCAUAUAGGGGUCAACUGCCUGAUAAAAGAAAGUAGGCCAUGUUGAAAUUCUGAACAGCAGAAUUAUGGAGUAUCAGAAUUUAUCCGUGGGAAGUUACACAUGGCCUUUCUGUAAAUAUCCAUUACUGGCGUCCUCUACCACCUCGACCGUAAGCCUGCUGCAGUCUAC